GGCCCUCUCCUUUCUGCAGUCCAAGGGAAAACGACAUCCUGCACAAGGCACCCCGUGCCUAUCAUCCCCCAGAAACGGUGACAUGGAGCCUCUCCAGCUGGUCCUGCUGCUUGCUCUCACAGGACUGUCCAGAGCCCACAACACCACGGUGGUCCAGGGCAUGGAGGGCUGGCCCCUGCAGGUCUCCUGCCCCUACGACUCCUCAAAGCACUGGAAGAGACGCAAGGCCUGGUGCCGGCAGCUGGAGGAGGCAGGCCCGUGCCAGCAGGUGGUCAGCACCCACCACUCAUGGCUGCUGUCCUUCCUGAAGAGGCGGAAUGGGAGCACAACCAUCACAGACGACGUCCUGGGCGGCACACUCACCGUCACACUUCGGAACCUUCAAGCCCACGAUGCUGGGCUCUACCUGUGCCAGAGCCUCCGUGGCAGUGAGGCUGACGUCCUCAGCAAGGUCCUGGUGGAGGUGUUGACUGAUCCCCUCAACUCCCAGGACUCCGGAGAUUUCUGGGUGCCCGAGGAACCCAAGAGAUUUGAGGAUGCCCGAGUGGAGCACAGCAUUUCCAGGAGCCCCUCUGAAGAGGCCUUCUCCUCAUACACUCCUGUCUUUCUACUCCUGGCCUGCAUCUUUCUCAGCAAGUUUCUAGUAGCAAGUAUCCUCUGGGUUGCAGCCUGGCGUGGGAAGAAAAUGAAGACUCCCCCAGCCAGUGAGUUCAGCUAUGACUAUGAACCAGAGCACCAGCUCCAAACCCUGACAGACCUCUGA